ACUAACAAGAGGGCAAUAAAUGCUCGCAUGAACGGAAACUCCAUGAUUGAAGCAAUAUGAUCAGGCCUAGGAUUACACUCCUCAAGCCAAUCGAUUGCUUCGGUCGCUAUAGACUUCACUCAGAAUUUCGUCCCCGAUCUCUCGCUAAUGCUGGAUCAAGCUACAAACACCGGGACAGGCACUGCGCACUGUGCUCACAGGGGCGCGUUAUCGGGGGAUUUGAGAAAAUGACGAAAAUUCUGGGCACCGCUCUGCCAGCAUAAAAGUUUUGUUGAUAAUUGACAAGUUGAGGAGAGGAGAGACAGAGAGAAUAUGGGUAUAUGGUCUCCUAGUAGGAUGAAUAGGAUAGGAGGACGGAGGUAGAGGCAGAGAAAGAGAAAAGAAAGAAAGAA